GCCCAAGAAUACGAAGCCAUCGCCCAAAUUAGGUCCGCAUUUGAGGCCGAAUUCAAAUGCAAUCCCGACUUAUACCACAAGUCAGACGUGGAUCGGGUGUUGGAAAACGACUGGACUGUCCACCGAUUCCUGUUGGCGGGCGACGGCACUGCGAGCGCCGGACUCACGCGACUCAUGAAUGCCAUGAAAUGGCGCAAAGAGUGGGCCAUACAUGAGAUGUCGGAAACGGAUUUCCCCAAACAGUUCUACCAAAUGAUGCGCUUCGGGAGGGCCCGCAACGGGUCGACAAUCGUGUUAACCCGCGCGCAGUUUUAUAUACCCCUUAACGAGUGGCGAGAAUUGUUUAAGAAGUUCUUCGUAUUUGUUUUGGAGACACUGGAUCGACAAAAUACCGGCGCCGGCAUUACUGUCGUAUUAGAUCUCAGAGAUUGUCGUCUAUUUAAUGUGGACUUUGAUUUCGUAUGGUUUGUGAAACCGAUUCAAAGCAAAUACUAUCCGUUUCUGUUGAGACAACAACUCAAUUGUGACAUUCCGUGGAUUCUUAGCUCUGUCUCGCAAUUCAUUUUGUCAUUAAUGCCCCAAAAGACCAGAAAACUCAUGCAUUUUAUCAAACUUUGCGAACUCAGCGAUCAUGUGAUGGAAGAGUACAUUCCCGUCUAUAUGGGCGGCACUGGUGUUAGAAAUUAUUCAUGGAUUCCCGACACGUGUACCGGUGUUGAGGAGUUGGCUAAAAGUCUGGAUCUGUCGGAGAAGAAUCUCAAGAAACUUGUUUGGCACGACGCAAACGAGGCCUGUCUGUCCAACAACGCCAAUCUGGUCUCCAUUCACAACCCAACCGAUAAUUUUGUGUUAUCUCAUCGGCCGAGACUUGGUUACACUUACAACACAGUCUACUGGAUAGGUCUCAACAGUUUGGUCGAGAGGGGUAUCUACAAGUGGUCCGACAAUAAACCAAAUGAAUACUCAAAUAUGGCUAAUACCAACUCUCAAGGACAACCAUUGGACCCUGAUGUUCGCUUUCAAGGUCGUUGUGUAUCCAUAAGAAGUGUAUUGAACACGACGUCAGUUAUACCUAAAGAUGUGGGAAAAUGGUUUAAAGAUGACUGCAAUCUCGUUCACUCAUUCAUCUGCGGCCGACCUGUUAAUGAAGUAGUCGUUCCGCCCACACCUCCACCUAAAGGCAACUGUCCUAAAGAUUGGUAUCAAUACGCGGACAACAAAUGCAUGAAAUACAUGAACAAAUCGAUGACAUUCAGUGAUGGUAGGGCUCAGUGUCUCAGUUUGAAGGCAGAGAUGGUGUCCAUUCACUCACAGGAGGAACAGGACUUUAUUAGUGCUAUGCUUUAUGGGAAAACACAGCCAUAUAUUGGAUUCAAAAAGGAUGCCUCAACUCUAAUAGGAAUGUGUGUCACUAUCGAGAAGCAACGGCACGUGGAGGACGAGUACAUGUGA